AUGAAUGUGGCCUACGUAUCCCAGAUUGAGCCCAAAAAGGUUGAAGAUGCACUAUUAGACGAGAAUUGGUUAAUGGCAAUGCAAGAUGAGCUGAAUCAAGUUAAGAGGAACAAUGUUUGGGAACUUAUUCCAAGAGAAAAGACUCAACAAGUCAUUGGCACUAAGUGGGUUUUUCGCAAUAAAAUGGAUGAUUAUGGAGAGAUUAUAAAGAACAAAGCCAAACUGGUAGCAAAAUCAUACUAUCAAGAGGAAGGAAUCGCUUAUGAUGAAACUUAUGCUCCUGUGGCCAGACUAGAAGCUAUCAGAAUUCUUCUAGCCAUUGCUUUAAUGAUGAAAUUCAAGUUAUAA